AAGUGAGCUCGCGAGCAGGAGACGCGGGGUGAAGUGAGCGCGCGCUCAGUCACGGCCAACACAUGGACGUUUGUUCGUUGCCCAUUUAGUUUUCAAACAAUCUGCAUUUUGCAAGACAAAUUUUUUUUCACAGGAUUUAUGCCGGCUGUGAGUUUUCCUGACACCCGUUGCGGGGAUCCUGAGAUUUCUGGCAGCGCACAAAACUUCUCAUGAGUUCGAGUCCCAGAGAUGGAGGCUGAAGAGAGCAAGAUUUCCGUGUGGGUUUGCAGGGAGGAGAAGGUCGUGUCGGGUUUGUCUAAGCGCACCACGUGUGCGGACGUUAUUAAAGUCCUGCUGGAGGAACAGAACUUGCACGGGCGCGCGUCCGCGUCCGCGUCCACGCGCUCUUACUGCAUUGUGGAGAAGUGGCGCGGGUUCGAGCGCGUUUUGCCCAACAAGACCAAAAUCCUGCGCUUGUGGAACGCAUGGGGUGAGGAGCAGGAGAACGUGCGCUUCGUGCUUGUGAAGCAGGACGCGUCAUUAGGCAGCAGCGCGCCGCGGAGCGCCGAGGCGCGGCUCGUACCCAGCCGGCAGAGCCCGUGCGCGCGCGAGGGCACCGUGCGCCAAGCCACCAUGGCCCUGUCGCCCGAGAAGCAACGGCGCGUGGUUCGGAAAGCGUUCAGGAAGCUGGAGCGGAUCAAUAAGAGGCGUGCGCGUGCGCAGUGCAAGGAUGCAGAACGAAUGGAGACCCUCGUGCAUCUGGUGGUCUCGCAGGAUCACACCAUCCGGCAGCAGGUGGAGCGCAUCCAGGAGCUAGACCGCGAGAUCGAGCUCUAUGAAGCCAAGGUACACCUGGACAGGGUAAGAGCGCAUGGUGCCAACUACGUCCAGGAGACCUACCUAGUAGAGGGAGCUGCAUCCAGGCAUCCACGCUCCAGCGAUGGAGAACAGACGCUUGCUCAGCUAGAGGAGUACGCCCGAAAGUGUGAGGAGGUCAUCAGGCUGCAGGAAGAUCUAACUGAUCGUCAGGUUCUUCUGGACAGCAUCACCAGAGAUAUCCAAGAGGAGCUAAACCAGAGAUGGAUGAAGCGGAGGCUGGCGAAUAAGGAUUUUGAAAAUGAUAGCACGCUCAGGGUCAUAAAUCCGACAUGGGAAUGCGAAUUGGCUCCAAACGUGGACGCGUCACUUGAGGACGAUCUGCUCUUGGAAGAGGAGAGGCUUAGGACUCAACUGGACACGAGUUUGUACAUCGGCCUGAGGCUCAAUACAGAUUUAGAGACUGUUAAAAAUGACCUGGACUUGGUGCAGGAGAUCUGGAGGGCGAGAGACAAAGAGCUGAGGGAUUUGCUUGAAAAAGUGGACUCACUCAAUUUAGAGAAUGAAGCGGACGAGGAGGAGGAGGAGGGAAGGUGUGACAUGCUGAAGGACGCUGAUAGAGUGGAUGAAGACACAGCGAGCAGACAUGGUGCAUGGGUCGAGCAGGCCAGAGGACUUGCUGCUAAAGCAUGUAGCACUAAUGAUGAUGAUUCAGACACAGGACUCAGCUCCAUGCACAGCCAGGACUCGGACAUUGCCCCUGUGUUUGAGUCUCUUGUAUAGCAACACACAUGGGGACAGAAAAAGUCCCCCGAGUUGAAUUAACACAUCAAGAGUGUUUGUAUGUAUCCCGCUGGAGUGAUAUAGACACUGUAUGAUUUAAUAAACCACUGGAGAUUUUGCUGUAUUGUGUAUCAUCACCACCUGGACUCCUUUGACCUGUUGUUUGUGUGAUAUAAAAACACUAAUUAUAAUAUUGCUGGCAAAUGUGCACUUAGUCAUUAGUGUCAUUACUGCAUAGAUCAUACAUGUUUUUUGUGUGCGUGCGCGCGCAUGUACCACGCUUUACUGUUGACAAAAUCAGUGUUCAUUUGUACACAAGUCUGAAGGGAAUUGUUGAGGUUACACCACAGACGCUUCCUUUAAACCGUUCCAGUUUUAAAAAGCUGGUACAGUUUGUGCUUAAUUAAAUAAAUUAAUUAAAACCCACUAUAAUUGUAAAGACCAAACAAAUUCUGGUAGAAUGUUUAU